UUAGAGUUGGUUGAAGAUAGAGUGAGAAUGGAAAGUGUUCUGUUUCAAACAGGCAUAGUCUCUGCUUCUUUGCAGGUUAUCCUUGACAGAUUCACAAGCUUUGCUCAUAAAGAGCUUUCUCUUCUCUUUGGUUUUGACAACAACGACCUCAACAAGCUUGAAAGGACACUCUUCAAGGUUCAGUCUCUUGUUGACAAUGUUAGAGCCAUUAAUCACUCAUCUUCUUGUUCUUCUCAUAAUAAGGCCCAACACCUUUGGCUCAGGGACACUCAGAAUGCCUUGCAUGAAGCUGAGGACUUUCUAGAUGAACUUGCCUUGGAAAUCUCAAAACUUGCUUCUGCUGAUGUCAACGUUGACUUCACCAACAAGGAUCAGGUCAGGAACUUGGUCUUUUCUAAGUUUAAGUUUAGUAUUCCCUCUCAGAUGGUUAAGAUGCAGAAUAAACUACAAGAGUUAGCUAGGGAAAUGGAUGGUUCCUAUGUAGAUGAAUUGCACAAAUUGGGUAUGCCUUGUUCUACUGUAGGGAAUUUUCAAACUAGUUCGUUAUUGGAUGAGUCAGUUGUGAUUGGAAGAGAGAGUGAUAAGAGAGAAGUUAUAAAAUUGUUGUUGGAUGAGGAAAUGGGGGGAAGGUCGAAUCUUUCAGUGAUUGCGAUUGUGGGCAUGGGGGGUGUGGGAAAAACUACUCUUGCUCAACUUGUCUACAAUAAUGUUGAUGUGGAUAGCAACUUUGAUUUGAAAAUUUGGGUAUCUGUUUCUGUUGAGUAUAACAUGGAAAGAGUCACAAGGUCAAUUGUUGAGUGUGCUUGUAGGAAAAAGGUGAAGUUGUCUGCUUUAGAACCAAUUCAAAUGAGACUUGAAGAAAUACUUAACGGAAAGAAGUUUUUAAUAGUAUUAGAUGGCUUCUGGGAUGAGGAUGAACAUAAUUGGGAUGUGUUGUGCUUGCCAUUGAGAGUUGCUGCUCGAGGGAGUAGAGUACUAGUGACGACUCGAAGCAUGCUUGUUUCUAGAAUUGUUGCCACUGCUUCUCCUUACCAGUACCAUUUGCAGACUUUGUCUGAUGAAGAUUGUUGGGAAUUGCUUAAACAAAGAGCAUUCUCAAACAUGAGACAUGAUACUAACAAACAAUUAGAAUUGAGGGAAACUGGCUUCAAGAUUGCACAAAAAUGUGAUGGGCUACCACUGGCAGCUAGAGUUCUCGGAAGCACCCUACGCUUUAGAUCCGAUGAAAUGGAGUGGGAUGACAUCCUGAAAAGCAACACAUGGGACAUUCCAGAGAAUCGAAGUCAAGUAAUUCCAGCAUUGAAACUGAGUUAUGAUCUUUUGGAUGCUUGCUUGAAAAGGUGUUUUGCCUAUUGCUCUAUUUUUCCUGCAAGUUUUGAAUUCAAGAAGGAUGAUUUGGUCCAAUUGUGGGUGUCAGAAGGCUUUGUUCAACCAAGAGGAACAAGAAGAGCUGAAGACAUUGGCAAACAGUAUUUUGAUAUAUUAUUUCAAAGGUCCUUCUUUCAAUGUUCACACCAAGAUCUUCAAAAUCAGCCAGUGUAUAAAAUGCACAAGCUCAUUCAUGACCUUGCUCAGUUUGUUUCUGAUGAAGCUUGUCUUAGAAUGGAGGAUGGCAAGUCAUUGCCAUGGGGUGAUUUGAGAUGUGUCAGACAUUCAUCUUUGGUAUGUAAAGACAUUAAGGUAGAAAGUCUGAAGGCUUUCCUUAAGUGUGGUCGUCUGAGAACUUUCAUUCUGUUGUCUCAAGGUGUGUGCCAAAUGGAUCAAAUCCCUUAUGAGUUUUUUUCUGAAUCUCAGAUACAUAAGGGUGCUGAAUUUGAGCUUUUCCAAUAUUAGUGAGCUGCCUAACUCAAUUGGAACUUUGAAACACCUCCGAC